CUGGUGUAGAGAUACAGCCAGCCGGAUUAGGGUCUCACAGAAUGAGGUGUACUGGGAUCUCGGAUGAGAGCAGGUAUUUCCAGACCGGUGUUGCAGGUUAAGUCCCUGGGGCCGCCCACACGUGCUGGAUUAGCAUUCCCUUCCGUGUGAGCAGAACUUCCUGGUGCAGCCUCUUUAUUCACCCACCCUGCAGAAGAGGGUUCCUGGCAAGACAUGGAGAGACUGAACUUCCAAGGGGCUGCAGGGGCAAUAGAUGAUUACUUGGAAUAUAGGAGGUGAGUCCUGCAGAGAAUUCAUAGGAAUAUGUCAUUGUGGCUAAUAAUCAAAGAACAUUCAGCUACAAAUGGUGCUUUCCUGGCUCAACUAUUAUCCAUUAGCGAUAAUGUAUAUGUAUUGGUUGCUUAGUUACUAAAGAACGAAAAAUGUCACUUCUGUUCCUUUUAGAUAAAGGGGUGAGCGAAUUCUAACAGAUCUAAAACUCCAUUGGUUUUAAGAUUACUAUACAUGUUGGGUCCAAAGUCUUACAGAAUGGAUAGUUAUUGAGUGAGCAAUGUAAUCCAGUAUCCAGGGCAAAAUGAUAAGCCAAAUAUGGAGCAAUGUGCAUGAUGCAUGCUUUUAGAGGUUGCUAUGCACCCCUGCACAAGGCAGUGUUUGAUGAUCACAAUCACACGUGCUAAGCAGGGGAUGCACAGUAUUAUAAUACCUGUAGUAUUAUUAUUUUUUUUAAACAGUAUUAUAAGAGGGUUUUUUUCGUUUUAGUUCUCAACACAGAUGGUAAACAUGCUAAAUUGCUCAUAGACCAUAUUCACAUGAAGAACUGCAUUUGCAGGAAGUAUACAUUUUAAGUGCAUAAUUAUUUACUAGGAAUUCAUUGUAGGGAUGAGGUGGAACAGUGCACAGUGUUUAUAUCUAGUGAUUAAUGUGGGUUUUAUUAAUUAAACUGUAAACUAGCGGAGGAAGGGGAAGGAAAAUGAAAACCUGAAUGGAAGUAGCUAAGAUAAUAGUAAGGGAAUGUUUCUAAAGCCUGGCUGAGCGUGAUAGGAGUUACUAUCUAUAGCACGUUGAAGUCCUUCUAAACCUGUAACCUAGGGUACACCGCUUUUCCAAAUUUUGUGUUUCAAAUGCUGCUCCCCCCUGUUUAAUACUGCAGCAGUCAGUCAUACAAGUGUUGCCCUGUUUAUCAGCAACUCUUUCUAAAAGUCGAGAUUUUUAAAGUGAUUCCCCUGAAUCCCAGUGUUAUUGUGAAGAAUAUGCCAGGGGGUGGUAAAGGUGAUGUUAACAGCAGAACACUUUACCUCUUCUCCAUUGUGAGUACAGCCAGAGUAUGCUGUUACAUGUUUGUGCUAUUGUAGAUUCCUACAAGGGUAUAUAUUUUCUUGUAUUUCUUUUUUCCAGAAUUGUUGGCGAGGAUGAUGGCGGAAAACUUUUUACUCCAGAAGAAUAUGAAGAAUACAAGAAAACAAUACUUCCAGCACGACUGCAGAACAGAUUAUAUGUCAGUUGGAGAUCACCAACUGGUAUGGACUGCAAGCUUAUAGGACCAGAGACUCGAUGCUUUUGUACUCACAGGUAAAAUAAUGAAUAUAUGACUAAAGGUAUUAGUAGAAUAUACAAUAUGUUUCAGUCAAUUUUGGUUUGGCUCAAGGUGGAGUGUAACUACUCUUAGCCAUACUGUCAUUGAAAUGCUGUUUUACAAUGGAACGAGUGAUGGCAUCUGGACACUCCAAGCACCAUAAUCAUGUCAAUGUGAUCAAGUGGUUAUAGUGCCUACAGAGUUUUUUUAAUGGUUUUUGCUUUCAACAGAACUGUCGUGCUUUUUGUUUUGGUUUGACCUUCUGAUUUUUUUUUUUUCAUUUGUGUUCAAAACUAACAAAGUUAUGUGUUUCAGAUGCAACAUCUGUUAUAGCAUCCCUCUGUGUUGAUCAUUUAAUAUUCCAGAUAUAAACAGCACAAAACAGAUUUUAAGGAGCUCCCUAAGGAUCGGCCAAUUCAUUUGCCUUGUAAAGUGAGUCGCUGUCCUUGCAAAUCAUAUCACUAUGUUCCACUCAAUGGAUCACAGCCAAUUCGCUGUCGAUGCAAACACUUCGCUGAUGAUCACAGUGUAGCAGGCGACUUUCACUGCAACAAAUGUAAGAUAUUUUUUUCCAUAUACAGCAGGUUGUGUAUAAGGUAAUAAACACAACUAAUAAAUCUGACUAUGUAUAUAUCUACCUAUGAUCAAAAUUUCAACUCUUGAGCUAUCAACUAUAUCUAUAAUCUAAUCCACACUUCCAAAAGCACGUGAACAGCAUAAUUUAAAAUACAUUAUACGUUCACAACAUGGGUCGUCCGUGUGUCUAUAUGCAAAGGUGUAUUAAUGAGCAGUGUGAGAUGUACAUGUGAAAUGCAAGUGUAAUGAUUAAUUUUGCAGUGUAUAUGAAUUCAAGAAUGUACUUGUGUGAAAAGUCUGUAUUUGAAUGCAGGGGUUGAUUUUUCUUGGUGUGUCAAUGUGUGAAUGAAGGGGGUGUGUGAUCACCUUUUACUGCUUCCCUUUACCAAGACAUGUUCCCUUCCCUAAUUAUUUCCCAUUCUCACUUUGUUGCCAUUUUCCAUCUUUUUCUAUGCCACUUCCUUUUCUCCCUUUGUCCUUUUGCUGUCCUCAUUCAUGUUGCUUCUCUACAUGUCCCUGUACUCUUUCUAUUUGCUCCCACACUCCCCAUAUUGCAUAGAGAAUAACAGUGUACAAUGUAUCCAGAACAUAUCUCUUGUAAUCAAUGAUGGAAUUUGUCCUUUUCCAAGGCUCAAAUGUCAGCUGUGCUAAAAAGGGACGCAGUUUGCCUCUUUCUUCCAAGUACUUCAUCUAGCAUGUGACAAAGUGGAGACCUACUGAAUUAAUGGUAACAGCUAGGUUUUGAGCUGCUGCCCAGGAGAUUGAUACCCAUAACCUUGGGUUAACAUGUAUGUCCUGACACAUUCCUAAAAAAACAAACGAGUAUAUCUAAGUGCUCAGCUCAACACUACAAAUCAUUAAUAAAUCAUGGGAAAAUGAUUUAUUCUUCAGGUCCUGAACACAGCCAUAAACCACCAGAACUUAGGUCUCUGUGAUUAUGAUGCCUCUAGAAACCUCUGGGUGGCAUUGUUUUCUAAUAAUGCACGCUUCACUAUUAUAUAUCCUUGUUUUCUAAAAAUACAGGUUUAAAGGGGAAUUACUCUGGAACAAACACAUUGAAAACAACCUAGUACAUGUGUUUGUGUCUCAUUUUCUUUUGAAAUUUAUAUUAUUUAGCAAGUGACAUUGAGUUCAGUACAGUCACAGCAAGAGUACAAACUGCAGAUGAGGAGAAAAAUACAUUUUGUUUAAUUUCUCUUGUUCUCUAUAAUCUUUCUCUGUGCUGACUGUGAGGUACAAAAGACAGUCGGAGCCUAGCGCUGCACACUCUGCGAUCUGCCUCUGUCUACAGAAUGCCUGGGCUCUGUGCACACAUUUAGGAUCAGCUCUGCUUGGUGGACAGUUGCCAAGGACUGCUGUUAAUUGGUUGUGGGAGCAGUCAGCUGGGACACUAUAUAGUUCGGAAUACAGGUUUGUAUUCCUAAUACUAUAGUGUUCAUUUAAUGAAGCAAUUAUGGUAUAUCGAUCAUGCUGAUGCAGUCUCAAAGCCUAAUUAUCUGCCAUUUAGAAGGUUGAAUUACAUUGGUCAUGUAGCCCUAUCCAAAACUCCCCUGACUGUUACUCACCCAGCCACCAUGAAAAAAAAAAAAGAUUUUAAUUUUAUAGCACAGUGUAUUUACUUUACUUGCUAUGCUCUUAUCUCUUUGCUUUGAUAAUUGAACAUUAGAUGCUCCUAUCUCUUAUGCUCUGAUAAUUAAACUUUAAAUGCACACUAGAGUUUACUGUACACUCUAGCAGGUGUUUAACAUAGGUAGAGAUAAUAAAUUCUAAAUGAAACACAUUGAGCAACAAGGAAAGCAAUUAAAUGUGAGCACUAUUUUCAGGAUAUGUGUAGGGAGGCUGUGUGAGUGGCCACAGGAGGUGUGAUUUUGGUUGCAUAAACAAAGUGAAUUAACUCCUAAAUAGCAGAUAAUUGAAUUGAGCAGUGAGAAGAAAAUGGCAUUAUCUAUACACAAAGACUACUUAAAGGGAUACUGGCCACAUGCGGGUCUAAUGCCCAUGCGCGCACAUUAGACUUCCCCAUUGAAUCAAUGCUUUCCUACAGGGAAAAAUAUGACGCUGGAGGUCCUCAUACAGCGCGUGAGGACGUCCAGCGUCCGGUACCGGACCAAAGAUCCAUUUCAAUUCAGGAGGCCCUCUAGUGGCUGCCUGGUAGACAGCCACUGGAGGCAGACUUAGAGCUGCAAUGUAAACAUUACAGUUUCUAUGGAACUGCAAUGUUUUACAUUGCAGCACUACGUGCAAAAGGUAAAGUGUCCCGUUAAAUAAGAUAAUGUUGUUUUGGUGCUUAAAGUUUCUUUGAGCUAUAUACAAGAUAAAAAAAGAGAUGCAGCUUGCUGCACUUUCCUAGGCCUAACUCCUAGAACUGAUAUGUAUAAAGAAGAAAGUUUUCAUAUCCUUUUUUAGUAACAGAUCCAUACAACUUGUCAUGCAUUGGCGGGUUACCCAGGGCAUGAACAAGAGCAGAACACUUUCUUUGCCUGGAGAAAGCCCUAGCCAAAAGUGUAUGCUCACAUGCAAAAGAUUAUACUAAUGCAUAUUUUUCCUUUUCAAACCAGGUUCAAAAUGUGCAGGCUUUCACAGUUCCUUCACUUGUGGAUGUACUCAACCGGCCUACGCUCAUGAAACUGUUGUGGAAACAAAAGAAGAACGUCUUGCACACGGAAAACCUGUGGGACGAGAUGUGCCAUAUGCUGCGAUGGGAGGGUUGACUGGCUUCAGCUCACUUGCAGAGGGCUACAUGAGAUUAGAUGACAGUGGAAUAGGUAAGAUUAGGAAAGUGCAACAAAUUACAACAUAACAAAUAGCAUCAAGGACAAGAGUCGUCUUUUCCAUACAUGACCAAAUAAAAGUUUACAAUCUUGACAAUCUUUUUUUCCCCUUUUAUAAUGAUUUCCUUUUUGCAAAAAAAAAAAAAAGAAGCAAAAAGUGCUUUUACAAUAAAUGUAGAAAGGAUGAAAACAUUGAUGAACUUGUUUAUUUUUUUGGAGGGGGAGGAAAAGAUGCUAUUUUUCCUUAGUGCCUAAAACCUGCAUGUUUCAAUAGCAAGUAGACUGCACCCUGCAGCAAAACCCUUUUUUGUAUCCUAUCAGUACUGAAGAUGAGCAGUAUCCUAUCAGUACUGAAGAUGAGCAGAGGGACAAUGUGCUGACAGCAACAUCCUGCCCGCCUUAGUCUUUUAGGCCACAACAUAUAAGUUUACAGUGUACAUUGCAACACAUGACAGCGAAGAAUAUUGAAUUUGUGGUACUGUGGCUAUGUCCAUGUAACCACCUUCUAGCAUGUGGAAAGCACCAGCGUGAAAUCUACCUGUAAACUGAACAAGAUCAUAAUUUUCUAUACAGAACCCACAAACCAUGCCUCACGUACACACAGAAAUCACAUUUCAGCCACACAGCACAGAACAACUAAACAGAACCACAAAUAAGCACCUCCUAGCAACACAGCACAUACAUAUCAGCACCAUAGCAUGCUUGAAACACAUAUAAACUAACACUCCUGACAGCAUAAUGUGAGCAUCCACUAUACAUAAUUAUUACUCCAUACUGUGCAACAAAAAGGCAUUCAGAAUCUCAAAAAGUUUUUCUGCAAACAACCCCAGGUAAGAGAACUGUCAGCAUCAAGACAUCUGCUGGGGUCCACCUCGCUUUGCUAGUCCAAGUUUGAAAACGUAGGAACGGUUAUUGUUUAUGCUAGUUGUACGUAUGACAUGGUCUGGUUAUUCCUGGGCAGGGGCACAUCAUAUUUCCUCUGAUGAAAAAGAUCAGUGAUUAUAUGGUGACUUUAGUGUAGCGGUGGCCCAUGCUAAGGAUUACAUCAUCAGUAAUCACUACAUGCAGAUCUAGUGAUUAUGCUUCCAUUAGGAACCCUAGUUCUUAGUCAAACUGUUUUUGAGCAGAUUGACCAAAACCAAGGGUCCUUGUAGCCUAACCAAUUGCCUAAUUGUUGUUAACGCAGUAGUUCCAUUUUUGUAAAUUUAAAAAUAACAAUAAUUUAUAAUUGGUUAAGCAGGCUUUAAAGAGACACUAUAGGCACCCAGACCACUUAAGCUCAAUGAAGUGGUAUGGGUGCAGUGUCCCAGCACCCUUAACCCUGGAAAGAUAAUUAUUGCAGUUUUUUUUUUUUUAAAUAAAAAGAGCAAGAGCCACCGGAAUCCCCAUAUGAAAGCAUUGAGUAAUGCUUUCCCAUGUAGAAAUCGCGUGAGUGCGUCUCCGAGCCAGCGGCGAGGGACAUUGGUCCUAAACCCAGGUAAGUGCCAGAAGGUUUUUUUUAACCCUUUCUGCACCUUGGCGGGAAGUGGGCACUGUAGUGCCUGGCAAACAGCCCUUUAAUAAAUGCCCAGUUCAUUCCGACAGAAUGCGUGAAAAUAGAUCCUUUCUAGUUUUGCCUCCUCUAGCCUAUUAGAAUCGGAAAUCCUAGUUAACUCGAAUCUUUCAUCUAAAAUUUGCGCUUCCUUUGUCAGUUUCCAUAAUUCCUGGUUUAAUGAAUAAAAUCCAAGGGUUACAAUAACACUUUUGAGAGAGGGCACCUUGACGAUGGAAUACGCCCUAUUAGGCAUUAUGGAGAAGGUGCCCCCUCUCAAUUCACUCUAAAACCUGACAAUGAAAGGCUACUGCUUUUCUGCGCUCCCUCAUAGAGAAGCCUGUGAUUGAGCCAAUUCAACACCGCAUGCGUGCACUCCGGGUUGGUGAUGGGAGCGCCCACAGGACAGGAGGGUAGAGUACUUGCAAGGGGGAGAUUUUUAACAUUUGUUGUCAGCAUGCAGUGCUCACUCCUACCACCAUCACCAUUUCAAAUCACUGAUAAUGGACUUUGGUUAGCGUAAUCCUUUAAGUGUAACGCUCCAACUACAUGGUAGACUAUAUUUAGAAUUACUGAAGCUGUGGAGUAUGAGAACCCUGCUUUGUAUAUAGAUAUAUUGUGUUUUUAUAGGUUACAUAUAUACAAAGAUCAUAACUUGAUUUCUUAUGCUUUUAGGUGCACCCAGUCAGCAGUUUUUGGAGUCACCCGACAAUGGCGCAUUUCAUCCAUUUUUAAGAGCAUAUGGGUCCCAGCACAUAAAUCAGCAAGACAGAGGUAAUCUUAUGUGUAUAUAUAAGUAUAUAUGUGUGUGUGUGUAUACUCAAAAACAUACCCAGUAAAGUUUUUUUUUAUUUUUUAUUCUUGUGCAUAAAUUGUGACCUAGAGGCUAAGGGUAGUGGAACAUGCCUUCAUACCUUGCUGCCUCAGUCUUUUUAAAGUCUAAAAAGCAUGUGGAACUGCAUAGUGUUUCCACGACACAAUUUUUAACAGCUAGACAAAUUUAUCACAAUGGCAACCAGUGUGGCCAGACAACUAUCUGAUUUAGCGCAAAGAGCUGCUAGUGUGGAAUCUGGAUGAUCACCCCAAGUCCACGAUGAUGCAUAUCACAGUGGAGGAACAAUUCUUUAGGUCUUAAAGAAUGAUAUAGAGUGAUUAUUUUCCUCUGAAGUUGGUGUACCAAUGUUAUAAAUGACAUCACUUUAAAAUUACCUUGCACCCAAAUUACUAUUUGCUGAUAUUAGAUUAACAUUUUCCACUUUGUUGUUUUUAGAAGCAUUGGGCAUUGAGAAACAAGUGUCCGAUUUAAAGAUAUCUGAGAAAGAUGAGAUGGCUUUCUAUGAAAAGAGAUACCAGGAGAGGGUAUGUUUUCGUUGAGCUCCUAUAACAUUUUUUUUUCAUGAAAAAUAAAAUUAUGUUCAUUGGAUGCAGGUACACUAUCACUAUUUCAAAAGGCUGUCAGUAUUAUUUCUGUAUUGUAGCGUUUAUUUAGCUAAUUUCAAGGGACUCUAUACAGAGUACUAUUUAGCAAUCUUCUAAUAUUUCCAUAUAUGUAUGUAUGUGUGUGUGUGUGUGUGUGUGUGUGUGUGUGUGUGUGUGUGUGUGUGUUUUGAAUAUGUCAUGCAAAUAGAUGGCUAAUAUAUAAAAUAAGAUAUUGCAAAAAAUAUUAUAAAUAUUAUUAUUAUUUAAGUAUUCACACAUAUUUGACUCUAUUCCUGGCCAAUUGGUUUUAAUUAAUUACGACACUUAUACUCUGCACUAAAGACUAAUAUAUUUGAGAGUCCAAUUAAAAUGGUAUAUUUUAUAGACCAGUGACAAAUGCUUUUAAACUGGUAUGAACAAAUCACAUUCUUUUUAAUCUACUCCCUGAACGAAUCGAUCCAUCUGAGAUUUGCCUGUGGAGUCUUAAACAUUGAAUAAGACUCCAUAGGCAAAUACCAAACGGAUGUCAGUGUGGAUGUGUACCUGUGUCUGCGUGUAUCUAUGUGUAAGUGUAUCUGUGGGUGUCUGUGUGAAAGUGUGUGUGCGUUUGCUUUAAUGUGUAUCUGAUUGUGUGUGCAGUGCAUACAUCCCAACCUUCAAAAAUCAACACUGCACACAAAUCUGCACUUGUAUUUAAACACCAACAAUACAGACAAACACAAACCUGCAUUCAAACACAAUCACUACAAACACACACACACACACACACAAAACUGCAUUUGCCAAGACUACGCACAGAUAACCCUUGCAUUCAAAUGGCAACAGUACAUACAAACACAAAACUGGAUUCAAAUGCCAACACUACACACAAAUCCACAUUUUUAUUUUUGCAAGAAAGUAAUAAAUUACAUUUAUGAUAUCAUUAAAAGUUGAUGUUUGUGUCUGCUUUUUUUUUUCUUGUUUGCACAUGUGUGUGGGUGUAUAUACAUUUUAUGUAAUUGUCCCUCCAUGCUUAUUUCAGUGGACAAUUUGUCUCUCUAGAACACACACGUUUUACACUCCUGCAUUACAGCAUAACUCCCAACAUUGAGAGGUAGGAACACUGGGCAAGGAUGGGCUUUUGUGAGUGUGCCAGUGUGAUACCAUUGCAUCACUGGCAAACUGAAAUUGGUUCUGCCUAGAAAAGGAUAGUGGCCAGGGCCGGCCUUAGGGGUGUGCGAGCUGUGCGGCUGCACAGGGUGCCAUGGAGUAGGGGGCGCCAUGUGGCCGACACAGCUCACACAUGGCCGGCCGGGAUUUAAAAAAAAAAAGUGCAGCGGGGCGGAGUUUCACGUGUGAUGGGGCGGGGCAUCCAUGAGGCAGGGCGGAGCUAAAAGUGCCAGAUAACUGCUGUAGGGGAAGCAGGAAGGAGUCCCUGCUUCCCCAACAAACAGUCUCCAGGAGCUGCACUGCCUGUCUGCCUCCACAAGGAACAGAGGUAUCUGUGUGUGUAUGACUGUCUGCCUGUGUGUGUAUGACUGUCUGCCUCUGUGUGUUUGUGUGUGUGACUGCCUGCCUGUGUGUGUGUGUGUGUGUGUGUGUGUGACUGUCUGCCUGUGUGUUGGGGUGUGUGUGUGUAUGACUGUCUGCCUAUGUGUGUGUGACUGUCUGCAUGUGUGUAACUGUCUGCAUGUAUGUGUGUGUAAGACUGUAUGUGUGGCUGUGUGUGUGUGUGUGGCUGUCUGCCUGUAAUUGUUUGUGUUUAUCUAGCUUUGACUGUGUAUGUGUGUUACUGCUUGUACCUGUGUGUUUCUUCCUGAUACUGUGUAUGUGACUAUCUGCCUGCGACUAUGUGCAUGUGGUGGAUUUGACAGUGUAUAUGUAUAACUGUGUGCAUCUGACUGUGGGACUGUUUGCACAUAACUCUGCAAAAAUAUACACCUGCAUUCACACACAGGCCUAAAUGCAUGUUUUUAUCUGAAUUAAAUAACCAUCACACACAGCCAAUAAACCCAGCACAAAUAUCACAUACAACCAAUACACGCAUAUCACACACUGUUAAUACACCCAUUACAAAUAUCACACACAGCCAACACAUAGCAUACAUAUCACACACAGUCAUCACAUCUGUCACAUACACAGACAACACAAACAUUACAUCAUACAUGGAUGACGGGGGGCUGGAGGGGCGCUGUGAAGAUUUUUCGCACAGGGCGCCUAAAAGCCUAAGGCUGGCCCUGAUAGUGGCUACCCAGGGAAGGGGCAUAUUACUCUGAUGCCUAGCCUCACUCAGGGCUGACCAUACACAUAGUGCUGCUGAAGUACUCUGUGUUUGGUCCUAGGACUGAUCUCAUUUAGCACCACACAAGUGUGUCUAAGUGGGAACCAGCCGAGAUGGCAGAACAGUACUCAAAAUAGGGACAGUCCCGUCGUAUAUGAGACUCUUAAGGAAUAUGUUUACAGAACUAGUAGUAAGCACUUGACAUGUCUUUCAGUGGAGUGGUUGAACCAAUCAGAGUUAAAGGAAAAAAAGCUUGAAAGUAAUAAGACUUUUUUUGAAAAACAAAUGAAUAGAUUUUUCAGAACAAUUGGAUAGCUGGAUAGGCUGGAUACCAAAUUAUUUUUUUCCCCUAUUAAACCUUUUCUUGAAAUGUUACAAUUUCCAAGUGGAGAGUAAAAUGUUUAAAACAUAUACACAUUUACUGACCAUGCUUCUAAAACUAAAUAUUUUAUAGUUGCAGAAAGAAAAGGAGGAAAAGAGACGAAAGAACGUUAAACCACCCAGCAUGCCAAAGCAAUGAAGAUUUUUAGCUGUCUUGGAAAAUGUUUGGCAGUUUUUGAAGAUCCUGACUGUAUAUAGCUAUUGACUUGGCAAAUGGAUCAUUCCCAAGUUUUGCUUUGAAAUGUACAUAAAUUGACGCAAUAUAGAGUGAGCAUUUGUUUAGCUGCUAAAUAAAAUACUAAUUAAUUAUUCUUAAAUAUACUGCAAAGCAAUGCGGAAAAAAUAAACAAAUGGGAGGAGCCAAUGAAAAUUGAAAAUCACACUCCGGAAAGUUGCAUUUUGCUACUUCAAAGGAGUAUUUGCGAGAGCCAACUGAACUGGUAACUCACCCAUUUCUGAAGUAAGAGGAAUUUUAUCUUUCAAAUUAAAAUCUAUAGAUAUUGCAUAUACCCCUCUUUUUUACAUUUUCCAUGGUAGUGCUUUGGGAAUCAAAAAGUUGUUAGCAAGGUGACACCACGUAAGAGUAUACAAGUAGUUUAAACCAAUGCCAGAAUACUAGUCAAUGAAAAGGCCAUACAUACUCAGCCCAGUUUUACUGAAGUAAUGGAUUUGAUUAUAUCCCUUCUUUUAUAUGUUCCUUGGCUGGGGUCACUACUGUUUUGAAGAUAAAGCAAUCUCACAUCUACCUUACAGGAUUUUAGUUUAUGUUGUAAUCCUAAUUUAUUUGGAUUUAUAUUUAUUUUCAGUCUAAUUUUACUCCUAUGCACAUUUGUCUUCAAUGUUGGGAUUCUUUUUAUGCGUAUGGAUUUAAAAAAAUAAAAUCAGAUUGGUUCCUAAAUGUAUUUAUUUGGGGCAUUUAUUUAUGCAUAUAUGCAAUUUAAAUCUUCA